AGGUAUAGAGAGACGCGGAACACGCAUACACAUGCACAAAAAAGCGUUGUUAACCUUAUAUCGGUAGCUUCGUCAUCGGCACGUUUUCUGUGCUCGUUCACUCAGUUUUUAGUCUGUUAUCGCUUUAGAGGUCGGUCGGACGUUUGUUUCUUGUAAUUAUUUUUCGGCCCGACUAAUUGUUUUUUCGUGUUCGUGUUUUUUUAUUUUCAAUUUUUCAUUUUUUUUCAAUUCAUUUUCGGGCUUUUUUUCCUUCUUUUUUUGUUUUUAAUUUUUGUGUUUGUGCUGUUUUUUUUUAAAUUGUAUUUUUCAAACGUGCGAAUAAUUUUAUCUUCAUCUUGUAUUUUUAAUUUUUCGUGCGGUAGUGAUAUUUUGUAUAUUUGUUAUAAUGAGCAUCGCAGCUUUAUUAGAAGCCGCCGAAUUUCUAGAAAGACGUGACCGAGAAGCCGAACACGGAUAUGCGAGCACUAGGCCCGUUUUAAUAAAUGAUCUCAGCAGCCGAAUAGAGACGAAGAGGCCAAAGACUAAGAAAACUCAGGGAACCAAUAGGUCUACUCACAAUGAGCUGGAAAAAAAUAGAAGAGCACACCUACGAGGAUGUAUGGAUAGUCUAAAGCAUCUUGUGCCAUUAGGACAUAACUCAGCCCGGCACACUACCCUAGGACUACUUAUUAAGGCUAAGAAUUUUAUUAAGAAUUUAGAAUUCCAAGAUAAGAGAUACGGUAUUCAAAAAGAAACGCUGAGACGAGAAGCAAGGUAUCUCAGGAGAAAGCUCGAUCAACUGCAGGUGAGCUGUAAUGCAGCAGCAGUCGCAGCCGGAUCGGCCGCCAUGAAGCGAAGAUCGAUAUCCGAAUGCUCGGCAUUAUCUUCAUCCUCUAGUACCGUUUCCUCUUCGUCCGUUUCUGCUUCGUCAAGUUCUUCGUAUUUGUCAAUUUCUUCUGGGAACAAUUCGUCGCUCUCAUCUAAUUCUGAAUCAGAUGAAAUCGACAAUAUUGGAGGAUACUUUACUCAUAGUAGUGAGGAUUCGGAGGAUGCGUUCAGUACCGAAGGGGAUAAUAGUACGUUCGAUUGGGGAGAUAAUUAUAUUCUUCGGCCGAGACCAAGAGUAAGACCAAAUACUCGAGUUUCGGUGUCGUCGAUGCAGAUCACUUUAUCCGAGAUGGAUAUUUAAUGGUCAUUUGGAACGGAGCCGGAUCCUUGUGUUGUUGGCAUUAUUAUUAAUAAAAUUCCAAAAAAAAAAGCUAUCUUAUAGUAAUCAUACAGAAACCUAUUGGAAUUGUAAAACUUGUUUUGGAUCAUCGUAUGUUUGUUUAUCUCGACUAAAGAUUCGUUUUUUCUAAAAAUCAUUCAACGCACAAGAAAAAUUGACAUCUACAUCGUGUUUUUUCAUUUAUUUAUUUUUAGUUUUUUGUUUUUACUUGUUUUUUUUUCUCCUUCUUCUGUUUUUAUACAUGAAAAUCGUUUGAUAAACGAAUGCGAAUUUUUUUCAUGUGAUACAAUUAAUUGUUAAUAAUCUACGUGACGUGAAUUUCGAAAGUAAAAAUGUCAAAAGAGUAAUUCGAUCAGCAUAAAAUUACUAAAUAUUUUGUAAUAUUACUUUAUCGUGCCAAUUUUUUAAAAAUUGUUAAUCUAAUAGCGAACUUUUUGUGCUUAUCGUGUCCUCUAUAAUACAUUUAUAAUAUCUAUACUAUGACGCCCUUCGAGGCAACUGGUAAAAUUUUGCCUGCGGUAACGUACAAAUUUUUUUAAAUUUUUUUUUUUGCGCAAAUAAGAGUAAAUAAUAUAAUAAGCUUAUACUAUUUAAUAUACAGUUUUAUGUGUGUAAGGAAGUUGCAUUUCUUCGAUCGUUUACGUUUUGUUGUGUAAUUAGUUGAGAUAUUUGUUGAUAAGAGAGGAAUUCAAUCAAAAAAAAAAAAAAAACAAAUGUAUAAGCACUUGCAUUGUGUAAAAUUGUUAUUAUAUAUUUUCCCCUUCUUUGUGUUUAAUAUAUAAAUAUAAUAUAUUUAUUGUGAAAUAAUAAAAGAAUUUUACGUUAAAAUUCUCUAAACUUUUUUUUUUAAUAAAAAAAGACAUUUCGACAUGUACCAAAAAUGCGAGAUUAUUGUUUCGUGUACAAAGAUUAACGCGUGGAAACCUGUUCGAGGUUUUUAUAUAAUAUUAAGUUAUAAUAUUGUUCCAAUUUUGUUUGUCGCUUUUGUGUAAUUAAUUACGAUGUUAAUUUUUUUCUCCUUUUUGUGAAUUUUUUUUCUUUUUUUUUCAAAACACCGCUUUCGUUUGUACCUACGUUAUAAUAUACCUACCUACCUAUAUUUUAAAAGAGUUAGAAUUUUUAUGAAGGAAUAUUGUCAGCUUUUAUGUUAGUCGGAAUUCGUUUUUUAUUUAAAAAUAAUGACGAAUUUAUUGUUAUUUAUUUUUAAUUGCGAAUGAACUGAUAGCGUUAUUUGUUUAUUUUUACGUAAAAAAAAAAUGUAUGAGUCAUCGAGAGAGCGAUGCUGAAAAGAGAGUGAGUUUUCGUUGAGUGCAUAUAGGAAUUUGUACGUACAGUGGAGCAGUAUAAGAAGAGGAGGAGGGGUUGAGAAAAUAAUGAAGUUGAGACGAAGACGGUGUUUUGAGAGGAAGAACUGCUGAAAAAAGCUAAUUAGUCUCAAUUUUGCUUGGUAUUUUAAUGUCGGUGAGUUUUUAGUUUCAUGUGAUCCGAUUACGGAUCCACUUGGUAUUUGAGAUUAAUAACGAGGGGAGAGGGGAGGGAGAAUGAUGGCGUUGAAAUGGAGUAUUUUGGACUUUGGUACCUACCUUCUUUUUGGUUUUUUCGUUGAUUUACUUUCUAUGGCAUGAUGAUGAAAUGCAAAGUUAUUUAUUCUGCUACAAGCGGAUAUUUAUGGCUUAAAUUUUAUCAAAAAAUUGUAAAUUUGGGUUCAAAUCUUAUUACCAGUAUUUUAUCAAAUUUACCUUUUCGUUUUCAAAAGUAUGAAAAAAUGUAAAAAAAAAGUGUUUUUCGAAGAACGAAUUUGCAAAUCUUUUUGGGACAAAUACGAUGAAAAAAUGUGAUAAAAAAGUCGUUGAAAACGUUCAAAAGAGGUUGAAAAUUUUGAAAAACAAUCAUUCGAUAUAUUCAGGAUCAGGUUUUUGAUUUUUCUCAAAGUCGAUAUUCCUUAUCUAAAAUGUAUCGAAUUUUUGCAAAAUUCAACGGUAAUUACCGUAAAAUUUUGUUGAAAUGAUUCAAGAUUUUGAUUUGAGUUUACUCGCCGAGAUCCUCUGAAAAAAAAAAACUCCUAAAGGUAAUGACAAUGAGUUUUUGGGAAAGUUACAAUCAAUUCUACGUUGCCUUCUUUUAUUAGUUGUUACGGUAAAUUGGUUCAAAAUACGACAAAUUACCGUAAAGUUUGGUAAAAUACUGUAAAUUAAAUUUGGUAAAAUACGGUAAAAUUUAGUAAAAAUAUAGUAAAUUACAGUAAAAUUUUGAUAAAAUACGGUAAAUUGCCGUAAAAUUUGGUAAAAUACGGUAAAUUACCGUGAAAUUUGGUAAAAUACGGUAAAUUACCGUGAAAUUUGGUAAAAUACGGUAAAUUACUGUAAACGUUGGUAAAAUACGGUAAAUUACCGUAACAUUUGGAAGAAUUUGGUAAAAUACAGUAAAUUAUCAUCAAAUUGGGUAAAUUACUGUAAAAUUUGGUAAAAUACCGUAAAUUAUUGUAAAUUACUGUAAAAUUUGAUAGAAUACAACUAAUUUCAAAAAUUUGAUGAAACACUGCAAAUUUGCCAUAAAAUUUUGUAAAAUAUGAAUUACUGCUGAAUUUGGUCAGAUGGUCACUGUAGUUCAUUACAGUAAAAUUUGGUGAAACAGGGUAAAUUACAGUAAAUUUUGGUAAAAUACAGUAAAUUACCAAAAAAAUUUGCAAGACACAAUUUUUUGUAAAAUUUGGAUAAAAUACAAUAAGUUACAAAAAAUUGUUCAACACAGUAAAUGAAAGUAAAAUUGGGGGGGGGGGGUAAAUUAUAGUAAAUUUGGGUAAAAUACCAUGAGAAUUACCAAAAAAUUUGCAAAGUAGAAAUUUCUGUUAAAUUUUCUCAAAUAAUGUAAAAUUUGGCCAACGCAGUAAAAUUUGGUAACAGAGGGUAAAUUACAGUAUAGUUUGGUAAAAUGAAGUACUAAUGACCAAAAAAAUUGCAGAACUCAAAUUGCUGUAAAAUUUGGUAAAAUACAGUAAAAUACAGAAAGUUUUAGUAAAAUAUGGUAAAUUACCAAAAAAAAAUUACAGAAUAGGUACAAAUCGCAGUAAAAUUUGGCUUAAAUAAUGGUAAAUUACUGUAAAAUGUGGUAAAAAUUGGGUAAAUUACGGUAAAUUUCUGGUAAAAUACAGUAAAUUGCCAAAAAAUUGCAAAAUACAAAUCACUGUCAAUUUUGGGUCAAAUAAGCUUGGUACAGUAAAUUACUGUAAUAUUUGGUAAAAUAGAGUAAAUUAUGGUAAACUUUUGGUAAAAAACAGUAAAUUACAAAAAAAUUGCAAAAUACAAAUCGCUGUCAAUUUUGGGCCAGAUAAGCUAGGUAAAGUAAAUAACAGUAAUAUUUGGUAAAAUAGGGUAAUUACCGUAAAUUUUUGGUAAAAAACAGUAAAUUACCAAAAAAUUGGCAGAAUAGAAUACAAAUUACUGUAAAGCAGUGUUGAAAGAACGCGAAAAAAAUUUCCACGUUCUUGUUCUUUGAUCUUGUUCUUGAUGUAUCAGAAGCGUUCUUGAUCUUGUUUUUGUUCUUUGUUAUCAAAUUAUGUUCUUGUUUUUGUUCUUGUUCUUUCAAAUUUUUGCACCACAGUUUCGUUCUUGUUCUUGUUCUUUACUACCAAGAACGCCCGUUCUUGGUUGUUUUUAUUUUUGUUCUUGUUGAGUUCUUUCCUGGCGUUCUUGCGUUCUUUCACUAGCGUUUUUCACUAGCGUUCUUGCUGGUUUCAAAUCUGCUGACAAUUUUAUCAAUAUUUUGCAAAAAUUACACCCUUUUUUUAUGAUUUUCUCACAAAUUACAAAAUUUUUUGCAUAAAUUUCCAUAGAAGUUCGUAGCUAUGACAAUGGUUUAAGAAAAAAAUGAAAGAACAUUCAAGAAUAAGAACGAAGAACAAAGAACAGAUCAAGAAGAAAGAACAUGGGAAGUUUUCCCGUUCUUGUUCCUGUUCUUGUUCUUGAGGAGAUUUUGAUUCUGUUCUUGCUCUUGUUCUUGUUCUUUCAAAAAUUGGUUUUGCGGUUUUGUUCUUGUUCUUGUUCUUGAAAAAAUUUGAAUUUUGUUUUCGUUCUUGUUCUUGUUCUUCAAAAAAUGUUCCGUUCUUUUAAAUUUUGUUCCGUUCUUGUGCUGUUCUUUCAACACUGCUGUAAAGUUGGACUUCAAUACAAAUACGGUAAAUUACUGUAAAAUUAGGUAAAUCAGGGUAAAUUACAGUAAAUUUUGAUAACAUACAGAAAAAUACUAAAAAAAAUUGUAAAAUACAAAUCGCUGUUGAGUUUGUGUUGAAUACGGUGAAUUACUUACUGUAAAAUUUGGUAAAAUACAGUAAAUUGCCAGAAAAUUUCCAAAAUACAAAUUUCUGUUAAAUUUUUGGUUAUCUACAUAAUGGUAUAAUAUAGAAAUUACUCUGAAAUACAAAUCAUUACAAAAUUUGGCCGAUUCAUAUGGUAAAUGUUUGUAAAACUUGGUAAAGCAUAGUAAAUUACUGUAAAAUUUGAUAAAAUAAUAUGGCAAAUUAUUUACCAUAAAAGUAAAAUAUGGUAAAUCACCAUAAAUUUGGAAAAAUAUGGUAAAUUACCAUAAAUUUGGUAAAAUAUGGUAAAUUACCGUAAAUUUGGUAAAAUAUGGUAAAUUACCAUAAAUUUGGUGAAAUACGGUAAAUUAACAUAAAUUUGAUAAAUAUGGCAAAUUAACAUAAAUUUGGUAAAAUAUGGUAAAUGACUAUGAAUUUGGUAAAAUAUGGUAAAUUACCAUAAAUUUAGUAAAAUAUGAAUUUUUGUAGAUGUUGGUCAAAACAUGUAAAUUACCAUAAAAUUUUAGAAAAAAAUGUUUGUCCCACUUUGGCAUAACUUUUUUUGAGCACAUCUGAAUUGAAACGAAAUUGUGAUGAAUAUUUUCACUUCUAUUUACGGUAAAUACCAAAUAUGACCGUAAAAACGGUAAAUUACUGUGUAUUUUUGUGAAUUACAAUUAAAGAUCUUGCUUUGUGGUUGAAAAUAUGUCCAUAUGUCCAAACAGCAAAAAUUAUACCUUAGAUAGAAGAACUUUACAGUGCAAUAUUUUUGGGAAAAUCUUCUGAAUGUGACAAAUUUUGUAGAAAAAAUUGAAACCGAAUUCAAAUUAACGAAUAUCUGAAUAAAAAUUGAGCACAGGUAUGUACCUAGAUAGCGCCAUCAAUUUUCAACAUAGGCAAAACAUGAACAUAACUUUUUUAUGUAGAACGUGCAGCUGUUUUUUACCUGAAAGUAAAACUGAAGACUCUGAAGCAUUUUCAAGAUCUGGAUCAUAACAUCUUAAUGAAAAUUUAAAUUGGAAUAAAAUUUAAAAAGGGUUUUUUUGAUGCUUUUUUUGAAGCAUUGGCGAAAUUUUGAAAAUUUUGAACCAAAUAUCCCCUGCAAUUCUCAGUGUCGGCUAAUCAUCGUACACCUGUGUUGUUUGGGUUGCUGUAUUGAAGGCAGAUUAUUUGAUAUCUCAAAUAGAACACCCAGUAUUAUCAUUUAAUCUUCUCCUUUUGAUCUGAAACUGAAAUAUUUCACCCAGUAUUAUCAUUUAAUCUUCUCCUUUUGAUCUGAAACUGAAAUAUUUCACCUUCUCCUCUCCCCUCUUCUUCUCUACAGAAUAAAUUUAACCCCUUUUCCCUUCCAAUCACCCUUCAUAAUUUCCUAUUUUCAUUUUCGAGUAAUUUUUUUUUAUCCAUUGAGUUUUACUACAACCAAUAAUUGAAAAAUUUGGAGACAUUUAUAAUUCACCUUGUGUGGUAUCCGAAAGUACAUAUUACUUUUACUUUCUAUGGGAGAAAUAAUAAUUAUACGGUGCUCGUUGCGUCAAAAAUAGAGUCAAUUACGUUGACAGUGAAAUAAUUAGAAACCGUCGUGUUUGGUUUUAUUUGUUAUACAUAUAAAUAGAUACGAAUCGAUGUCAUUUUCGGAUCCAUACCUAUACGUAUGUAUCUUGUUCAUCCCAUUAAGUGAUCGGGUUGUUCAACACGCGAAGAAUAAGAUUUCGCGCGAUAAUUAAAACGUCAAAAUACGAAGAGAAAAAAAUUGAUAUGGUAUGAAACUAUUGGGAAAUUUCCGAGUGGAAAUUUUCGUCGACGAAUUACUAAAAACUGAAAAAGAACGAGAGAGUCUACUCAACGAUCUUGGCAAGUUUAAAUUAAUUUGUAAGUUCAUUUCGGCGAUUACCAUAACUGAUUGUGAUCAUUAAACAAUAAAUUUUUAAUUUACAAUUAUAGGUAUGUAUAAUUUAUAUAAAGUUUAGCGGAUAUACCAAUGUGUUUGUAAGGUAUUGAUAAUAUUCCAUCGAGCUCGUGUAUAAAAUUGCUAACUUCCUAGAUCACAUCGAGUACACGUUUGCGUUUGCGAAGCACGAUAGUGUGAUCAAUAAAAUUCUAACUCUUUGCAUAUUAUACAUUAAAAUAAUACUACAUAAAUACCAUUUGUGUAUAUAAAUUCUAAGAUGAUACAGGAUUAAGUACAAAUUUUUUAAGUAGGUAUCUUUUGUUCGAAAUAUUGAUUUUUUUUCCUUUUUUUUUUUCUCUCUCUCGUUCAUACUAUAAAUACAAAAUUUCUUAGGUACGUAUUUUUUAAGAGAGCAAGUGAUUCGCAAAUAAGUGUUAAGUUUUACAGGUUUUUUUGUU